UCUUAUUUGAUACUUGGUAUACUUUGUAGUUUUUGAUGUCGUAGGACAACUGUCACUGUAACUAUUCCCGGCCUAUUGGUGUGUACAAGUUGAAACACUUGUGCUACCUUCAUCUGGUAUUCAAGUGAAGAUGGAUGGCGAAAGUCAGCCCCCCACUUUCAAGAAGGCAACAGUGAAUAGCAUGAUGCAGACGCAUUUCACGGAUAAAAAAACAAAAGCAAAUCAGGUUUCAGUGAAGCUGAUGACAGAGCUUCUGCGAGAAUUCGCUACAGAGGGUGCAGUCCGUUCUGGCAUACAGGCUAAGCGAGAGGGAUUGGAUAUGAUCACAAUUGAACAUUUUGAGAAGAUUCUUCCACAACUGCUGCUGGACUUCUGAUGUCUGUUUCUCCAUUGGAGAUCUACUGAUGGUUUGAUUUGGAAGUAAUUUGGAAGCAGUAUUCAUGGUUUACAGUCUCCAUUACAGUUACUGCGCUAUAGGGCUGUGCCCACAUGCAUAAGCGAUCCCUGCUAUCUACUCCCGGUGUCACUUUAUGGCGAAAUAUACACUAGCUAUGCCGCUAUGGGAUUAAGGUGCAGUAUUAUGGCCCCAACCUAUAUAACAAUGGUUAGCACAGUGUGAAACUCUGAGGAAGAGUCAGGCGCGAGUUCCAACACCUGCGGUGUAGCAGGUAUAACAGUACUGCUGCGGAAAAUUGGGGUGUCAAUAUUACAUGUGCACAAAUGAAUGUGUUGCUGUUGCUAACACACGUGAGUAGAGUAAAUUUUGCACUUCCCAUCAACCUGCAAAGAUACAGGAAAGCAAUAACAUGGUUAUUUUUCACAGGGCUGUAGGCUCGAAUUAAACUAUGUCACAUUUUGACUUUGUAAUAAUUUCUUGCACAGUUCACUCACAUAAAAAAAAAGAAAACUAACCUUUUCUGAAAAUGUGUAGCUAUAUUUUCCUAAUAUGUAUAUAUUUUACAAGACGUCGCUUUAAUAAAUACUAUAUUUGAAAUAAUUA